CGACACUACAACACUCGCCAUAUCGUUGCCAACAUAGUGUCAAACAACCAAUCGCUACUGCAGUUGCACAAAGUAGGAAUAUCCCUAAAAAGGCUCGGUAGAAUGGCCGUCCAGCAAGACUCAGCUCAACAACAGCCCGCGAAACCCGCCUGGAAGCAGCUGUCCAAUUUCACCAACGGACACCCUCUCGGCAUCGAAAAGACACUGCGUUUGAUUCAAGCUAUUUGCCAAGUUCUUGCAUCGAGCAUAUUCAUUUCCUAUAUCCCCAAUGCCGUGUAUGCUGUAGGGUGUGCAACGGCCAAGAAUCAGAUUGCGUUAGCUCGUCGGUAUUUGAGAUUUUUCAAAUUCAUUGAAUCUUUCAAUGCUGGCUAUACAGCAUGGCAAGUCCCUGCGGCUACAGGAACCGAUUCCGUCAAAAAGUUGCUCGAGGUUAGCAAAUGGACUGUCCUAGGCGUUUACUUUCUAAUGGAGGACUUCACCAUUCUCGACGCAAUGGGUGUCUGGGUAGCGCCAUGGGCUCAGGACCUUUUCACCGAAAGCAAUAAAUGGUGGUUCUACGCUAUCUCGCUGAGUCUGAUUGGCUCGACUUUCAGCCUCUUUUUCCCACCGUCGCAGUCCAAUUCAGAGGCUGACAAGACAACGAAGACGGAAAACGAAAAGAAGCCAGUAGUUAAACAGACACCGGAUUUGACACCUCUUGUGAAAAAAAUAAUUGUUGAUGGGUGUGAUAUCUUGCUCCCGGGAAGCUUUCUUGGAUGGAUCCAGGCAACGCCGACGCAGGUUGGUGUUGCUAUGAUUGUCAGCACGUUGGUGACUUCGAAGGAUAUUUGGGUCAAGGUUAAUAUGUGAACUGGAAUUCCGAGUUCCUUUUUUGAAUUCAUUGCUGUGUUUUGGUGAUGGCUUGAAAAGAAAUGAGCGACGAGAACGGAAAUUUAG